GAUGAUGCUCAGCUGUGGGCUGAUUGUUCUCAUCUGGGUCACUGCUGAGAACACAGAACAUCAGGUGGUUUGUGUAGACCACGUACUGCUGCUGGUUUGGACCAGGGGGGUUUGCAGAUUCAGGUUUCAUCCACUAAUUAACGAGGUGGUUGCUAAGAGAUGACAAUCAGUGACAUUGCUGAAAGCCUCUGAUCCACGGCACUCUGAAGCGAGACUUCCCUGGGCUCGCUUCGCUCCAGCCCUCCGUCUGUCGCCGGCUCACGUGAAGGACGUAGAAGAGAAAGAAAACACUUUAACAUCGUUACACUCGUUGACACCAUGGCAGCUUUUGCUUCUCCAUGUCCGGACAUCAGCGCCGCGGGCUGCGUUAUGAGCCAGAGGCAAGGAAGCGGGGAGGAAACCAGCGCACGAGAGAGUGAGCAGAGGAGGAGCGGGACCUCUGAUGUUGGACAGAACACCAUCCGGGAGAAAACUCACGAGUUCUUCCAGAUGUGCGACGUGGAGAACAAGGGCUUCAUCACCCGCCGGGACAUGCAGAGACUGAAUAGUGAGCUUCCUCUCAGUCCAGAGGAGCUGGAGAACGUGUUUGAUACGCUCGAUUCUGAUGGCAAUGGAUUCCUCACACUGGAAGAGUUCUCCUCUGGUUUCAGUGCGUUUUUGUUUGGUCGCAGGAUUUCUGUAGAUGAUGUCAUGGGUGAGAAAAACGCGAGAAAAAGCCUGCCAGAGGUUCUGUACCAGUCCCAGUGGGAGGAGCGUCCAGAACGAGGAGGUGAAGAUGACGAGGAAAAGCACUUUGCUAUGCUCAUGGAGAGCCUCGGGGCCAGCAGCAUCCUGGAAAAUCCUGCUGAAGUGCGGAGUCUGUGGGCUCAGCUGCGCCGCGAUGAACCUCACCUUCUGUCGAAUUUUGAGCAUUUCUUGGCCAGAGUGACGGCACAGAUCAGAGAAGCCAACCAGGAGAAGAGAGAAAUGGAAAGUGCUCUCAAAAGGAAAGCAGUAACACACGACAAUGAGCUCCAGCGCCUCUAUGAAGAAAUGGAGCAGCAAAUAAAGAAUGAAAAGGACAAAAUUCUACUGCAGGACUAUGAGCGGUUUCUGUCCCGGAGCAAAGACCUGGAGCUGCAGCUGUCCAGUAAGGAGAAGGAGCUGGAAAACCUGUUCCAAAAACAGAGAAGGUUGGAGUGUCAGUGCCAGGAACUUCACAGCGAGCAACAUGUGACCAAGGUGGAAAAUGUUAAGCUGAAACAGACGAAUGAUGAUUUGGCUCGAGAGCUGGAGCUCGUCAGCCAGGAGCUGACGUUGGCUCAGGAGCAGCUGAGUUUGCUGCAAGAACAAUCCACACGACUUCAUGAGGAGAAAGAGAUGGAAAUAUACAGACUCACUGAAGGACUGCACCGAGAGCGAGCAAGCCUUCUGAAACAGCUGGACCUCCUGAGAGAAAUGAACAAACAUUUGCGGGAUGAAAGAGACGUGUCCUUUCAGAAACCAAAGAGCACCAGAAACGGUUUGAAGCAGCGGCCUUUUCUUGAUGGCGUGAAACAAACCAACGCAGACGUCUUUAAAAGUGAGGAUGACGAGGAGCUCGCCUCGGCUGCUCUGAGGCCGACCCUUAACGGGUUUUACCAGCAGUCCUUCCCAGCUGAAGCCAGAUGUCGUUUCCAGAGGAUCAUCUCUAUUGAAGAAGACCAUCUCCCCUAUCUGCUGAAUGAAGGCCAGGCUCAGAAGGUUCUCCAGAAGUCUGCUGAAGGCGAGAGACACUGCGACGUUGAAGACGGUGUGGAUGUGAUGAUGAGCGACAUUUACCGGCGGUCCUCGCCGAUCCUCCAGCAACAGUCUGAGGAAGGCUUGGAGGAAAGGCCGGUUCCAUCUUCUCCCAGGGGUCAACCGGUGGGCAAAGAAACCAGCAUCAAUGAGGAGGGAGUUCCUUCAGCUCCAGAUCGCCUCUUCAAGAUCGUCCUGGUGGGAAAUUCCAGCGUGGGAAAGACCUCCCUCCUCCAAAGAUUCUGUGACGGUCGUUUCCACCCUGGCACUUGUGCCACUGUUGGCAUAGACUACAGUGUAAAGACGAUAACUGUGGAUAACAGCCAGGUGGCGCUGCAGAUGUGGGAUACAGCAGGACAGGAAAGGUACCGAAGCAUCACCAAGCAGUUCUUUCGCAAAGCGGAUGGUGUGAUCGUGAUGUACGAUAUAACGGCUGAGCAGAGUUUCACUGCAGUCAGACAGUGGCUGACAAGUGUCAAGGAAGGCACCGGUGAGGAAAUACCCAUCAUGCUCUUGGGAAACAAAAUGGACAAAGAGGCCGAGAGAGAAGUACAGAAGGAAGUGGGCGAAAGACUUGCCAAGGACUGUCAGAUGACCUUCUUUGAGUGCAGCGCCUGUUCUGGAGACAACGUGGCAGAGUCCAUGGUGCAAUUAGCCAGAAUUCUGAAGGAACAAGAGGACAAAGAGAAGGAGAAGACGGUCCAGCUGGUCAGCAGCCCCUCAAAGAAGAGGUCCUGCUGCUAAAAGUUAAACACUCAACACAAUGUUGCACUAACCUUUAACCAACUUCUAAACGUCUUAGUUUAAGCACAUGUGCCGUGAAAACACGUUGGUACGACGCCACAGCUCAAGAUUUCAACCUGAACCCGAUCAGAGGAACCUACGCCGCCUCAUCCUGUCCAUAUUUGCACUAUAAAAGAGUAACGGCCGAUUCAGGGUGAAUAGAACCAAAAUGACACAAAACGUACAAACAGUUGACCUGGAUUUCCAUAAAAAUUUUAAUACAUUUUAGUUUAUUCAGUAUGUUUACUCAAACUUGAAAAAUAUUAACUAUUCUGCAUAUUUAUUACACUUAUGAGGCCAUAUUGUUCAUUGUUUUUACCAAUAUCAUUGAUAUGGAUUUAUUAAUAAGCUGUUUUAUAUCAUCUUUCACUUCCUCUAUAUUUUCAUCUGUUCAAAAUGGCAGCAAAAAUCCAUAAUUUAAGCAGCGUCAUGUGAAACUUUAUACAUUUUUGUUAAAACAUUUGUUGGUCAUGUUUUAGCUGACAUGUCAAUUCAACGCCGUUUACCAGAAUUCUGGAGUUGUGAAAUUUCUUCACCUGAUGAAGUUAAAAAAAAAUAUCAAUUUGCUUUAAUUGCACAUAUAUUUGUUCCAGGUUUGCCGUAUUUAAAUUGUCUGUCCUUUUCUGAGUUAUUGUAAUUGAUGGGUUGUAAUUUAUUCUUCGUUGAACAUAAUUUAUAUCGUCAUUUGUGUUGUACCUUUUAAGAGCAGUUUCAAGAUUAGAUAAAUUAUUCUGUUAAUCUGCCUCAGUGCCAAGUAUUUUAUGAAAAAAGUGAUUUGUGUAUGGAUGUUUAAAAUCUAGUAAAAACUAUUUUUGUCACUAAUCUUUCACUACUAUGAUCUCGUUAGUUUAAUGCAUAUAAUUAAAUGAAAAUAAAUGUGUGAAAUAACUCUAUGAAUCACGGCUCUUCCUUGUGCCAUAAAAUGAUGUAUGUAUUGUAUAGAAAAAAUAAAUUGUCAAACUUAAUAUAAAAGUAAAUGGCAAAAGUUCAGUUGGCAUACUAAGUUAUGUUACUAUAU